AUGCACAAGCCAAUGAUGAAGGUCACAACCUACACGUCAAAACUUGUGAAACCCUCAAGACCAACAUCCACAACCGAUCGGUACUACAAGAUUUCUUUCUUCGAUGAGCUAGCCCCAUCCGUGAACGUCCCUCUCAUCCUAUACUAUUCCACACCACCUAGUGACCUAAAUGGACCAUUUGAAAACAUAUGUGACCACUUGGAGGAUACUUUAUCCAAAACUUUGAGUGAAUUUUACCCGUUCGCUGGAAGAUAUAUUCGUGAGCUUUCGAUGAUUGAUUGUAACGAUCAAGGUGUUUUAUAUGUCCUAGGUAACGCGAAUGUCCGACUCUUGGAGAUUCUAGGCCUAGGACACGAGUUGGACCCCGGUGCGCUAAACAGUCUCGUACCGUGUGAGGCUCGAGAGGUUAAUGAAGUUAAUGAUCCCAUGUUAUCUAUCAAAGUCACCACUUUUGAGUGUGGUGGUUUUGCAAUUGGUAUGUGCUUUUCACAUAGAAUCUCAGAUAUGGGUACUAUGUGCCUCUUUAUUAACAACUGGGCCGCUAGAAGCAAUGGAAAACAUAAACAUGAAAUUUACUCUCCUGUUUUUAACUUGCCAACUUGCUUCCCACAAAGAGGUUUGCCCGACUUUACAAAUCCUAGGUCGAGUGUUGGCAUACAAAACGAGGCGCGAAGGUUUGUUUUUAAAGCGAAGGCAAUAUCCGCUAUGAGAGAAAAUGUUGGUUUAGAUGAAAACACGCCUCGUCGACCCUCAAAAGUGCAACUUGUUAUCGCGUUGUUCUGGAAGGCCUUUGUUCAUAUGGAACAAGCGAACUACGUAGAAUCCAAGGCUUCUUUUCUCAUCCAAGCAGUUGCGUUGAGAGAUAAAGUACUCCCCGAACUGCACACGAAUUCGUGUGGUAAUUUUUUUGCGAUAGCGCCUUCACGACUCAGGCCAGGUGAAGGGGAAAACAUCACUUAUCAGGACUUUUUCAUGAUUUUGCGUGACUCGGUUAGUAAAACAGUUCAAGAUUGUACUAAAAUGCUUACACAAGGCAAGGAAGAAUACGAAGUUGUAAUUGAUCCAUAUCUUGAAUGGAAUCGGAACAUGUCUCCUGAUAAUGUUGUGAACAUGAGGAUAUAUAUCUUCAGUUCUUGGUGCAAGUUUUCAUAUUACCAAGCUGAUUUUGGUUGUGGUAAACCGGUUUGGGCAAGUCCCGGAAAGCUUCCAACCCAAAAUUUGGUGAUCUUGAUGGAUGAUCAUGAGGGUGAUGGUGUCGAGGCAUGGGUUCAUUUAGACGAAAAAGGUAUAAAGCAAUUGGAACAAGAUUCAGAUAUCCAAGGCUAUGCAAUUUAGCUUUAGUUUCUAUCGUUGAUUACAUGUGAUUUGUUGUGUUUAUUUGGUAUGUAUGAUUAUGAAUCCCUUGAAGUGAAAUAAAAGUUUGGGUGGACGGUA